AUGUCUGAAUCACGGCCAGUAUCUAGUAUAAACGCCAUUGCUCCCACAGACAACGGGAACUCAAAUUGGCAAGAAAAUAAAAACAAAGCUUACAGCUACUGCAAAUCAACAUCUUCAAGUUACCGACCUCUUAUAAUAAUGUGUGUCCUGACCUGCACCAAGUACGACUGUGCACAAUGCCAGCGAGCUAUAAGUGGCACUGAGCAACUCAAGGAAUGUCCUGAGUCGAGCCAGGGUAUUAAAUGCGAGACCACUAAUGAGUGUAUCACCGAGAAUGUCUCAGCUGAUCAGUGCGAAGUGUGUGAGAUGCGUAGGAUUGAGGCCGAAGUGGCUGCUGCGGCAGAGGAGGAGGAGGAGGCGAAGAAGGCAAAUGCGACUUAA